UCGAGUGCUAUUAGUGAAAAAUGUCGGAGCAGGAGUUAGCUGAUCCGUUCAGACAUUGUCUAAAGGUCGGAGUAUCCGCCCUAUGUACAGAGGUUGGGUUUGACUCCGCGGAGAACUCUUGUUUAGAAACAUUAACCGAACUCUCGUUGAGUUUAGUGACGGAGUUAGGACGGAGUGCAAGAGCAUACUGUGAGUUGGCAGGACGGGUUGAACCUGUAGUAGCAGAUCUAGUUCUAGCUCUGGUAGAGAUGGGUAUACCGCUGGAGGGGUUGUCUGAGUAUUCACAACGAGGAACUAGAGUCUCAUUAUCUCAACCUACUCAGGCGGUCCCUGCCAAGCAGACAGCUAUCCUUCACACUGGAAACAAGAAGCGUCACCCUGCGUACAUUCCCGAACAUAUGCCUGAGAUGCCAGACAGUCACAGUUAUAUACGCACACCUACCCACAGACAACCUGUCACGGAUUAUGAGAGUGUCAGAGAAAAGGCUGCGAGUCAGAAGCGAGAUGUUGAGAGAGCGUUAACAAGAUUUAUUGCAAAGACCGGGAAGAUUCAUAAUUUAUUUAACUCCGAAGAUUCUAACCUUUUCCCCUUGAUAUCCUGCAUCAGGGAGGAGGAGGGGUUCAAGCUCCCCGCCUACGUGGACGCCCUGGUGUUUAAGGACCAGGUCUUUGAGGAGGACGAGGUUGAGCGACGUCCUAAACGACGAAAGAACACGCAUCGAGACGACGACGAUGAUGAUGAUGAUGAUCGAGGACGAUUGAACGAAUCCAUCGCAGAAUCUGAAGUAAUAGAUAAUCCGUUCCUGCGACCUGUCAGGAUGCCCAAAACUCCUAAAAAACUGUGAACUUUCUCAAAUAUUUAUACGAAUUUUGUAUCCUCUGAAUGAUGGCGAGUUUGUAAAUUUUGAAUUAAUAUUGAUAAGAAAUUGUAAAAACUAGUUUAGUUUCCUGGAGUUAUUUAAAUGAAAAAUUAAACUUGAACUAUGUCCUAUCUUCCAGA